UGGGGCGACUGGAGAAACCAGCCAAUACCCGGACCAAAUCCACAUGGGGUGAGUAGCCGCCGAACAUCAAUUUUAGCAAGUUUUAUUUUAGCAAGUUUGCGCUGGUUGCAGGAUGUCUCGUGCUAAGCAGUACCAACGUAGGAAAGACUUGAACAUAUCCCCUUUGCUGCUGUUGUAUGUGUUGCAAGACCUUGUGGCCUACUGGAAUAUCCGAACAGACUAUAUAUCAAAGGACCCUACGGCAGCGACACAUUUGUUUUUAUCGUGAAUCGACAGCCAUGCUACCAAUGAGGAUUUGGGUGGUACAUCAAACGUAUCCAUAGAAGGCAGACUUCAGGCCGUCUGCCGUCCCGCGGGCCCUUUCUGUGUUUCUACGAGCUGUGUUCCCGAUGAAGACCAGACACCAGGACUUUUCUGGAGGUAUUCUGGGAGGUGUUUAUCGAUGUUUCCCUUUUCCGUACGGCAACAACGAAGAGGACGAAAUGAGCGUGAAGUUUCGAGCACACAAGUGGACUCAGCACCACGUAGGUAGCUGGUCUUUUGUACCAAAUACGUGCUUCUAUCUUCGUCGUCGAACGGGGCUUCAGCGGCACCGAUCGUCUUGUUCCUGCGCUUUUCUCCUCUUGGUGUCGGCGUUGCCAUCAGAUGCCAUUCAGCCCGCCGAUCCACAGGCGGUUCGAGCAACCAGAGCCGAUGGACGAAUUACGUUCUCUCGCCAUCUCGUUGGAAGAGGAGGACCGAGCUGACCUGGGUGGCUACAUUGCGGUGGUUCUUCAGAAGCUGGCUAACAUGAACGAGCUGUUCUUGGGGGAAAGGGGACGCAAGAAAAGCGUGUUUCAUUCUGCGACGAUGCCGUCGGUGGCCGUGGCGGAGUUCGUGGAGAGAGUUGCCAACAACAUCGUCUGCCCGAACCUGUGCCUCAUGCUUACCCUCGUGUACAUGGACCGGCUGGCCCUUCCCUCCUCGGAGCUGCACCUCUACGUCACCCCGCUUACUGCACAUCGGCUGUUCACGGCUAGCUUGAUCAUCGCCAUCAAGUUUAUCGCCGAGAAGCCUCCAUCUGUGUUCAACGACAUGUAA